AUGGAAGAAGAAGUUGGCCAUGAUCAUGGGAUAAUCAUCAUCCCUUUAAGCACCAUUAACCCACUAAUCCUCCUCAUAAUCAUCCUCCUCUUAACCCUACUUCUAAUCCUCACAUCCCAUCUUCUCAAAACAAAGAAGAAGAACAAAACCACCCAAUAUCCCCUGCCUCCAGGACCAUGGAAGCUCCCCAUCAUCGGCAACAUCCACCAGCUCGCCACCUCCGCCGCCCUAAUCCACCGCCGGCUCGCCGACCUAGCCAAGCAACACGGCCCCCUGAUGCACCUCCAGCUCGGCGAGACCUCGAACGUCGUCGUCUCGUCCCCUGAGCUGGCCAGGGAGUUCCUCAAAACCCACGACCAGAACUUCGCCGUCAGGUGA